GAUAUGACGGCAUUUUCCACGACCUAUUCACUGUUCAUGAUUCUGAGUCUUCUUAACCAGAGGGCAGUUUCAAUUAACAGCGUACUUCAGUAUCCGUACAACUUAUCAGAAUCUUGUAGCUGGCGUCUAGGAAGAUAUCACAAAGAUGACUUUUAUCACAACGCGUGUGCAUGGUGCUACUUCUUUCUCUUCCGGAGUCAUGGACUAUUUCCCGACAAUUAUAAAUAUCUAAAAGUUCAAAACAACAGAAGCGGUCUCAUUCAAGGAACUUAUUUACUUGCGGACGCUGAGAACUCGACUUUGCGUACUCAAGUUUGCAAAACUUUGUCUAAUGACGAGUGUGAGUUAUGGGGACUAUGCUGUGCAGCAAGUAAAAAGUGCUGCCAUCGACAAAUUCAGUCGCGAAAAAAUACGACUAAUGCGACGGCUUGCGGAAUAACAUGGGACGGCUUGUCAUGCUGGGAAGAAGUUAACCCAGGGGAAAAAAGCUACCAAUCAUGCCCAGGAUACCUUCAAUUCUCCAUACCGACACGUAAAGCAGUUAAAACUUGUCUGAAGAAUGGUACAUGGCUAAGCAAGGAUGGUUUGGAAUGGACGGACUACACUCCUUGUCUUUCGUACAAGGACUUGAGGGUUACCCUUUAUAUUGGUCUCGGCUGUCAAGUUGCGAGUCUUGUUCUCCUUAUACCCUCUCUGCUAAUAUUUCUUUGUUACAAAAAUCUUCGAACGCAGCACAGAAUAAGACUUCACAUAAACUUCUUUAUUUCUUUUAUCUUGAGUAAUUUGUUGGACAUCCUCUGGACGGUACUGGUGACCUAUGACAAGAUCUCUAAUCCACAGGUGACGGACACACUCAUGCACAAAAACCUGGCAUGGUGUAAACUUUUGUCAUUCCUAAAACUGUAUUUCAAGAGUACAAACUACGCAUGGAUGUUCUGCGAAGGAUUCUAUUUGUAUCGGCUGAUUGCAAACGCCUUUUCACCACCAAAACGAUUACUCUGCAUAUAUCUGGCUGGAUGGGGAAUCCCAUUCACCUAUUGCACUACAUACGCAGUUUUGCGUCUUCUCAUUGCAAACGGCAGUUGCUGGGCCAUAAGUAUGGGAGAUAAGGAGUGGAUCAUUUAUGCCCCAAACCUCGCAUGCUUAGUGGUCAACAUAUUUUUCCUGUGCAGUAUUCUUAGAAUACUGUUGACUCAACUGCAGGCACAUCCGAAUGAGCCAAGUAGUUUCAGACGAGCAUUAAAGGCUACCUUUGUCCUCAUACCUCUGUUUGGCGUACAGCUGGCUGUUACUAUAUAUAGAACACCGAUCGAACUCGCAUGGAGUGUCCAUUAUGAGCGUUUCUCAGAAGUCCUUUCAAAUUCACAGGGAUUUGUGGUUGCUCUGAUUUUCUGUUUCUUCAAUGGAGAGGUGGCAACACAAGUCAAGCGUACCUGGCGACGAGCGUGGAUGGAUCGUUUAUCGAGCACCCGAAAGUAUAAUACUACCUUAAGCCUUCAUUUCAAUCACUCGGUGACACAGAGGACAGCCGACCAUAGUCAAUCCAGGCGAAACAGUCUCGAACCUUGCUUGGAAACCUCAAGUUCAAAAACAACUCCAAACUCCGUGACUACUGUUCAGACGAAAUUAUUGUGA